AUGGACUCUACCGUAACUGCAAAGCAAAACACCUCCAAAGGACCAGAUGGAGAGGUCCUCAUUGGAGAUCCAGAAUUUGACGGGCGCGUUAUUCUCUACGUCAUCAAAGCGGAUGAGACAUCAUACAUCAAUUAUGUCAAGCCACUGAUACUAGCCGAAGAACUGCUGUUUCCGCACUGCAUCGCCGUCAUCGACACGCACUCGCAGUGGGCCUACCAGAUGCACCCUGAGCGCUAUGUUCCUGCCCUCAGGGACCAGGACCCAGAGACGGGAGAGCGCAUCAACGUCUUUGAAGGCACAGCUUGCCUCUACUACCUGGCCGGGCGUUUCGACCACACUGGCGACUGGCUGGGCCGUACGGCGUAUGAGCGCGGCGCUGUACACUCCUGGACCGCCUACCAGACAGCAGGCAUAGGGGCAACGGCAAAGUACUGGCUCUACUUUCUCCGUGGCUACCCAUCACGAGCGGAGCCUGUGCAACUACCAAGAACCAUACAAAAGCUGCAUGAAAACACUGUCAAGCAGUGGGACAUACUCGAGGCCCGCCUGGCCCUUCCAGACCAAAAGUACAUUGCGCUGCGCGACCGCCCGACCAUUGCCGAUCUUUCCUAUUUCCCCUUUGCCAUGCCUUGGAUGUUUAAAUUCCUGUCUGUGAACAUGGCAAAGUACCCGCAUAUCCUUGACUGGGCAGACCGGAUGCUGGCGCGCCCUGCUGUCCAAAAAGUCAUGGAGAGUGCGCCACACAUAGGUCAUUGA